AGUGAUGUCGAUGAUUUGUGAUAAAUUGCUGGACUAAAGUGUACAAUAUGGUCGAAUUCAAGCGAAGAGUGGGAAAAAAUGUUGCUUCCGAAAGAUUCGUUCGUCAGUGUAGUUUAGUGGCAACAAUUAGAUUUGAUUCAGGCAACAUCCACUUUCUUCAUACAGUUUUUUUCUGUUGCUCCAUUUUCCUCUUAGCUGCAAUGCCAGGUAAGCUGACUCGAGUUGCUCUGUAUAUAUUUUCGCCCAAUGACACCAGCUAACAAGAAAAUUUUCAGUCUUCUUGAAGUUAUAAGGUUUACUACAAAACAGUUCUUUGAAGUGCAUGACUGAAAAGUUCGCCUCCAAGGUUACUCAGACUAAAAUUUCACUAGGUCCCUUUUCAUCAUAAAACUAAGCACUUCGAUGAAUAACUAUGCGGACACUCUGAGGCAAACUCUACUGCCUUGACACUUCCUCGUCCUUCUAUUUUUCUAUGGCGUUUCGUGUUAAGAAAAACGUAGUUGUAAACGUUUUCUUUUAUAAAGCAGUGCAGUUUUUACGUCAGAUAAUUCCACAACAAGUUCAAGAAUGAUAGCUAAUGAUAUGAUUCCUGUUGCCGGCUUUUUCACAUAAAGGCCUGACUAUUAUCCUUAUAAACCCGUUAAGUAAAAGGAUGGUUUAUAAUCAAUUAAGAUUAACAGAAAGUCACAAGUUCUUAGACAAAAGUAAACACAAGCGGCUAAAUAAACAGAGAUUUUAGUCUCUGAGAGGACUAUGUCGCCCGUGCUCUGACGCCAAGUUUGUAGUUGAUUAAAUUGAUUAGACUGGAGUUGACGCCAAAUGUGAGUGAAGUUUGUUGUUGAUUCAAUUUAUUCGCAUCCUUGAUUUGACGGGUAUUUUUGUCCAUGCAGGUACCCCGGUUUGGCCUUCUUCUCAGAAAGACUGAAACAUUUUCAAUCUUGUCCUAGAUCCGGAACGGCAAACAAAAAACCAUGAUAUCGAUCUGAAUAUAAUAUGUCUGUCAAUAAAUUGUUAUUAUCAUGGUAAUCAUCAUUACUUAAAACCUCUUAGUGAGAAAAGAAAAAAGGGAUAAAGUUAAAAUGGGACUAACUUCAGUUUAACGGGAAUUUUGAAGGGAAUUUUUGUUUCAACUCGGCAGGUGCAGUAGCCCUGGAAUUCCUCCAGGAUCCUCCAGUAGUCCUUUCAUCUCACGUUGGCAGGAGUGUUGACUUCAAUUGUUCAACAGAUGAUCCAAACGCUGCAGUGUCACUUUUGUUUUCUGAUAAUUUUGGAGCUUCUUGGAGUGAGAAGCUAGUCACACCAAAUAAAGUUGUCUUGAAGAAACAAGUGUUCACUUUAAUAAAUAUCGUUUUGCGAGAUGGUGGAAUCUACGCUUGUAGGGCGACAGACCAGUCAGGGAAGACUAUUCAAUGGCCCAGUAAUCAUGGAUUCUUUUUUGUACAAUCAGGUGUGUUGAUUCGCUGAGGGCUAGACCAUCUUCACGAUACUCGCAAUACUCUGCAAGCGCUUAAAUUAAGGAUUAUGUGUCACGUGGUUUCUCAGGGGGGCAAACACACGAUAGAAAGCAGUCAGGUAAUACAAGUAAUCAUGGGUUUGUUUAUUCCCUCAUAACAAGACAUUUCUGGUGUCUAGAAUGAAUCACCUGGAACACGAUUUCUUGUUUCGGCACAUGUAGGAGAAGAUAGCGUUGCCGAGCGGUUAGAGGGCUGGACUUGCAAUUCGGAGGCCCCGAGUUCAAGUCCCGGCCUGACCGUUAGCUGGAUUUGUUCACAGUAGUCCCGAGUUCAAAUCCUCGACCACGCUCAGUGAAUAGUUAUAGCCAGCUGGUUUGCCUCCGACCAGUUGGGAUUCUUGACCAUGUUAUGUCAUGAUUUAAAUUAUUUUUUUUGGUCAUUUGCAAGGCCCCAACAGCAUUAAGUGCCAUAAAUACUGCCGAGGGUAAAUAAAGGAAUUAUUAUUGUUAUUUUAAUCUUAGAGAGAUGUUUAUUGCGCUCGUUCCUCAGAUACCAUUUGGAGAAACCACUGUUGGCAUUGCGAAGUGUUGGCUGCUUUCUUAAGCUUAAGGAAAACAUCAAAUAUUCCCACAGAUUUUUUUUUAUUCCCAUAGAUAUUAGAGAAAGAGAGACAUAGACAUAUAAGACAUAGAGUACUUUAUCUAAAGACGAUUAAAAACAUCUGUUUAAAACCGCGACAAUUUAAAUCUAAAACACUGGUUUACAUUUUUGUGGAGUGGGUGCCUGUUGAUGAAUAUAUCAUUUUCGGAUAAGCCAAGGAAUCUCCCACUAUUUUCAAAAAUCCGCAACCGAAGUAUUUACCGUUUGUAUACCGUAGAACUAGUAUCCAGUACAUAUUAUAUCGUCUUCCUUCCUACUUUCGUUUACUUUUCUGCUGUUGUUUUAGCUUGUUUCAUGUUCGUUUAAUUCACGUUAAAAUACCUGAUUCUUGAACAUACUCUGCAGCUGAGCUACCAAGAUAUUUUGUUUUGAUACCAAACAAAUCAAUAUACGUGAUGCAAGGGCAGAGUGGAGAAGUUACGUGUGAAUGUGAAGGUGCUACAGUGUGUAAACUAAACUGGGAAAAGCAAGAGGAUGAUGGUGAAUCAUAUGCUGCUGUCCCUGAGAGCCGAGUGACCGUCAACAGAAAUUUGUCUGCAAACAGAGUACAGGCUAUCCUGAACAUUACAAAUGCACAGCCUGAAGACUCUGGUACGUACAAGUGCAACGUAUUGGUUGAACCUAAUAAAUCUGACUUCAAGCUCAUCGUCAUUAGAGUAAACGGUAAGUUGAGCCUAAUUAAGCCGUUUAGCUUACGUAGCAGGCGUUUGGAAGUAUUUUGCAGGAAAGAAUGGGGCGCGCAACGGAGACACGUGAGGGGAGAGACGUGUCUCUCUCGCGCGCCUCCGGUCGUUCUUUCUCGCAUAUCACUUCCAAGCGCCUGUUACGCAGACCAAAGUCGGUUAAAUGUAGUCCGGUGAACUUUCAGAACUUGCAACAUAUUUUUAAGCGUUCUGAAAGAUUAUUGCUUGUAACCAGGUACUGUUGUUCUUAAUAUACUAUUGAAUAAAAAUAAACAACAACUACAUUGACAAAUUAAACAACAAACAGACAGUUGAAACAAAAAGCUUAUUUUUUACCAACAUGCUUACACUAUAAGUAGUUCGAAAACGUCUUAUUUACUUCAUUAAAAUGCAUGUAAAAACUUAAUUUAUGUUCAAUACUUAUACCUGAAAAGGUAGCUAACAUGGUUAUAAAACGUCUAACUUACUGAAUGAAAGUUUAUACAAAAACUUUAACUGAUGUUCAAUGAGUUCUUUAAAUACGAUGAUAAUAAAGUUUCAACUUCUGUUUUGCGGGUUGUUGACUUCGUACCUUAAUUAAUACAUGUCUUUGAAUAAUGUGACGUUCUAACACCGUUUUUUGUCGAUAGCUCCAACAGCACCUAGAAUCACUGCACCCCGUAAUGGAAAAACCAUAGUUCUAGAGGAGGGAUCGACAAAGAUCCUCAAAUGUAUAGCAAAGGGAGCUCCUAAACCUAACGUUACCUGGUACAGAAAAGGCAAGCAACUACACAGCAAACGAACAGUAAAUGAUCGAAAAAGUUGCAAGGAUACUGCUUAUGAGGUCUAUGAAGAAAACGAGGAAACUUCAGGAUUACAUACGUUGUAUACGGUUCAAGUUCUUAGAAUAAGAAGUGUUCUGUAUCCAAGAGAUCAAGGAGAGUUUAAGUGUGUCGCAUCGAAUGGAGUUUCAGAUGUUCAAGCAGUUUUGCACCUUCAAGUACAAGGUGAGCAUGGGCCGCUAGUUGAAGACUGAUUCAUUUAAGGGGAGUCUCGACCACUUUUUUCGCAAAAAGCUUCGAUAUUGGCCUGCAGUUUUUCAUGAUACGACCUCGGGCCAAUAUUGCCCAGUUGUACGGCUCCCGCGCUCUGUAAGUAAGUCAAUACGCGUGCAUUCUCUGAAUUCUGUGAUAGCCAUUUCGCAUUUUUCCGACCCGACUCUCGUACCAGCCUUUCAUAUGUAAGUUUGCUGUUCAUCUCUUUGCUCCAGGAGAUUCUUAGUUCUGUUUGGCGAAAAGCCGUUAGGUAGAUUUUUAUCAACAAUCAUUAUGUAGAAACUUGUUUCUUUAUUGGUCCCUAGUUACAACAAAUUCACACCAAGCGGGAAGCCAAGGAACACCCUUUGUUUUCUUUUCUCUCAUCUCUACAUCUCCAGCUGCGUAGCUGGCGGGAUAUUCUUGUGCCCGGUGUACUUUCUUGCACUCCCACGCUAAUCCCGCCAGCUACGCAGGCUAUGCCGAAUUUCUGGAACCGUUCCACACAAAAUUCUCAUGUUAAUCACUAUCAGGCUGUUUUUAGUGGUAUAAAUCCCUUUAUUUGUUUGUUUGCUUUGUUUGUUGUCGGUACACAGUCGACUUAGUAAAACACCUAAAGUUACGACCACCAAAGCCGAUAAAUGUACUACAAGGUCAAGAGGCCAGGGUGAAAUGCGACCUACAAGGUACCUUAACGGCUACGCUAGAAUGGAAAAAGCAGACUGUUUCAGGAGAUGUACCUGUUCCAGACAGUUUGGUCUCUGUUAUUAAAGACAGGAGCAUCAAGCGAACCAGAGCCGUUCUCAAGAUUAAAUACACGCAAAUGGAAGACAGUGGCGUUUAUAAGUGCGUCUCAAAGGCUUUCGGCAAAACACAUUUCAAGCUCGCCUAUAUUACAGUGAAAGGUAAUUCAUUUUUCUUUUAGUAAUUGACUAGAUGUGGUACUACUAGCGUACGCAGAGAAGAUGAUAGUACUUUUAAUUAGCUUUCUGGUGACGUGAUUUGCUCUUCAACUACCGAAUCGAGCCACCCUCUGGGGGUGGGGUGGGGGAGCAGAGGAAGAGAAAAAGCCUUUCCUCCUCGACCCCCACUUCUGAAAGAGCUUGCUGCUAGCAGGAUACCCUUGAAAAGGGACAACUGGCGCGGUUAUAGAGUUCCUGUUUACAGUGAUCGACUGAAAAUUUUAUCUACGAGACUCUGUGACUCUGUGAACUAAAUUGAGGUCAGCCGCUUACGGAACUAUGGGACGGACCAUUAGAAAAGUGAUGGGGGGGGAAUUUUCAGCUCGCACGAAUUUUUUUUUUCGCUCACUGCUUGUGCAGGAAUUUUUUUUUCAGGUGAACCCCUCUGCACGAAUUUUUUUUUUCCAGACAAAUAUUGCUUUUUUUUGAACAGUGAAAUCUUGAUUCACCAUCUAUGUUUUUGUGCUUUAUAAAUUAUUCUACACUCACGACAGAUCAAAGGAUACAGGCCACUUUAAUGCAAAAUCUUUUCGAAAAUGUACACACAGUGAGAGAGGAGGAGGCCACUUGGAGUGGACGGCUUCCCUGUGCAUUUUUUCGGUCCCUGCCCUCUGGAAUUCCUCUCCCACAGCCCAUCAUGAUAUUUAUUAUAAUGCAAUAUACACGGUAUGUUGCAGAUAGUCCGGCUGCCAAUGAGACCCGUACUUUGUGGUUCUUAAUUUUUGUUAAAAGCACCAGUGGCAGUGUUGCUGUUUAUGUUGUUGACUAGUUAAUGUUGGUAACAAAUAAUUUUAUAGAAUAUUUACAAAGCUACCAAAUUCUAAUAUUUAUUUAUUACAAAUUUUAUUUUAUUAUUUUUACUAUAAUACAGUAUACAGUGUAUGCUGUAGGUACACUAGCUGCAAUUUAAAAGAAAAACAAGGUUCUAAUUGUCUCCUUUCAAAAAGAAGAAAGUGAUUUUUGUUUAUUCAUAUUAUGCCUGGUAAUAUAUUGUUGACUUCUGAAACUCAGACUUUCUGAAAGAAACUCAGAAUUUCUGAAAAAGUCACAAUUGGACCUUCCUUCUGCAUGAAUUUUUUUUCUUUACCUUCUUCUCUGCAUGAAUUUUUUUCUUGGCAAAUUCCCUUGCAUGAAUUUUUGUUUGGUUUUUUCCCCACCCCCCCAUCACUUUUCUAAUGGUCCGUCCGAUCCCUAGGUAGAAGGUCUCGUAAUACAGAUUUUGCCGCAAUAGUAAAAAUGGAAAAAAAUGUAAACCUAUGAAGCCCGUCAGACUCUUGUGUUUUUGCAUGUGGACUUAAAGGUGCGCAACACUCCAGAGCAUUUCUAUCAUUUUGAUCUUAAUGACCAAUAAAAAAGGUAGCGGUAAUUUAUUCCGUCACAAUUUGUGAGCAAAAACAAAGAUUAAGGUUAGUUUGUGCACCAUCAUGGAGUUCAUAACAUAAACGGCAGCUCUAUCUUUGAUGUUUGCUGCCUUUCACAACCUGUUUUCUCCACUUUAAUAGUAUGUGUAAACUGAACUACUUGAAGAAAAAAGGCUUUACUCGAACAAUCAUAGGGCUCAGGCAUGCAGGACGAAUUUGCCACAUCGUCUAUACACCUGUGCACCAAAAAUCUGGGUAAAAGCCUGGCAUUAGCCUGGUAAACCAUGGUUGAACCAGACUUAGCAUAAGAAGUAAAAUUGAAAGCCUUGUUAAGUCGGUUUUACCAGGCUUUCGAGGUAAACGCGGUUAAAGUUUACCAUGAAAGUCUGAUAACUCCGGCUUUAACUGAAAAAUCUUAACCAGUCUGGUAUCACCAGGCUUUCCUAACUUGCCGACUAUGAGAAUGAAGCCUCCCCAAACAUUAUCCGUUUCUCUUGUAAGGUUCAAGGCUGCCAUUUCGCAGGUUAAGAACUGUCUGAGCAACGAGAAAAUACCCCACGCAAGAGAACCCGGACUCUGGAAUCCGGGACAUUUUGCUUUUUUUCGUGGAAACCAGAAUCCAGGGAUUUGGAAUCCGGAAUACAGCUCAAGGAAUCGCGAAUCCACUAACGAUUGGAGUCCGAAAUCCAAGUUCCAAUAACAAAGAAUCCCAAAUCUAGUAGCUGGAAUCCGGAAUCCCCGGCGUUGAAUCCAGAAUCCAGAAUCAAGGAAUGUCUUGGAUUCUCUUUUAAGGAGUGGUAGAGAAAAACAUUGAUAUCAAAUUAAUGUAUUAUUGCUUUUCAGAGUCACUAGCCUUUCUCAGUAAACCUCCACAAGUAAUUCGAGGACGCCUUGGCCAGGACGCGGUGAUUGACUGCUCUACGAAUGAUAAUGAGGCUACAGUGUCACUUCUACGUAAACCUCAUCCAUUUGCGCAUAGCACAGAGCUCAAACCAAAAGCCAAUAAACUCUCUAAGGAGCGAAAAGUGUUUAGGAUUCUUAACAUCGAUAUCGGAGAUGCAGGAAUAUACUCCUGUGCAGCGACGAAUAAAGCAAAUCAGACUAUCCAGUGGCCGCGUUUAACAGGAUAUUUUGUUUUUCUUAGUCAAGAGUCCAAUUAACAAACGACACACUUAAACCAGAGCCGUAGCUAGCAUGAGGCAACUUGAUUUUGGCCCUUUUUGUUUUUUUUUUUAAGAAACUUCAGCUCACUGAGAAGGCUUAAAACCUGGUCCCGAACAAGCAUGGCUAUAAUGCGAGGCUAAACGGGCUUGCUUUAAUUAGCGUACAUUCAUAAACCAACGGAAAUUGACAGCAGUUAUGUUUUAAAGAGAUGGGAUGCCUCUGGCCACGGACGGAUUACCUUAGCUUUCAGUAAAGAAUAAACGACGGGCAAAAAACUUUCACUUUUCUAACUGUUAAGGGAGAAGUUUACUACUCUUAAUCAUGAAAGUUAGUGACUUCUUAGUCCUACAAGUAUAAGAGAUGGCAAUAUUAUGACAUGGCUGUCUCAAAGUUGGAGAACAUAAGCAAGAGUGUAUCGAAACAGAUAAUUGAUAAGUGAACGUGAUUCUGUAUAUCAUCUAACAACUAACUUCAAAAAAAGUGUUACCUAAGAUUUCUCCUAAUUAUCUACAGUAUAAAAUCCAUAAACGUUGGCUACUCUCGAGCUCGUGGAUUUUAUUGUUAUAAUACGUGUUACAACAUUUGAAUUCUUUAAAAUGCAGAUGAUCAUUAACUUGGCACCAGUAUCGCUAAGCAAUAAAGAAGUGAACUUCUACACUUGCCCAAGAUUGACUCUUCUGAAGAAAAAUACCACGGAAAAUAGUUACAAGAGCAUUUCUGAGCCUCUAGAUUUGAAAAUUUUCUGGAGGGUUGGGGGGUGUUGGAGAUAUGCCCCCAGCUCCCCUAGCGGCUCGCGCCUUCGGCGCUCGAAACUUGCCUCGUCUUGUUCUGAAGUCUGGUUACGGCCCUGUUAAACAGAUCAUUUUUUCUCUCACAGCAAGUUUCUUGCGAAUGUUUAUUGCAGCAAUAGCAGUUGUUAAAUCAUACC